AUGAAUAUUUCAAAUCAAAAUUUAGAUACAACUGAGAUUACAUUAAGAAAUAAUUCUAAAACUGAUGCUAAAAAUUUAUGGAAAGAAAUUGAUAAUGAUGAUGAAGAAUAUCAGUACCACGCUACAAUUUUUUCAACUGAUUCAACUACUGAAUCAGAUGAAACUAUUUCCUAUCUUAAAAAAGUAAAUAUUAUGGAUUUAGAAAAAAGAAAAGAAAUAUACGGAGUAUGUGGAGAAUGUAAUGAACCAGGUACAGGUUAUCGUUGGUGUCGACCUUGUAAUGCUAAUAGAUUUAAAGAAAAUUUUAAAAAUUGGACUAGUGGAAAAAAAAAUAUUGAUGAAUUAAUACAACAAUCGCAACUUAAUGCUUUUAUUGGCCCAAAAUGUCUUGAAUGGAUACCUUUUGAAAAAUUUGAAAAUGUUACCUAUCUUACUAGAGGUGGUUUUAGUAAAAUUUAUUCGGCUGACUGGCCCGAAGGAAGUAUUUGGAAUUGGGAUAUUGAAAAUCAAGAAUGGGAACGAAUUUCAAGAAAAGUUGCAUUGAAAAGUUUAAAUAAUUCAUCUAACAAUAUAAGUAAUGAUUUUUUAAAUGAGAUUAAAUAUUAUAUUUCAGGUCAUUUUCAUGCUAGUAAUACUGUUAUUUGUUUUGGAAUAACUCAAGAUCCAAAUACUAAAGAUUAUAUGAUGGUUUUAGAUUAUCAUGAGGGAGGAAAUUUGAGAAAUACUUUAGUGAAAGGUUUAGAUUAUAAAAUCAAAAUAAGAUAUUUAUUUCAGAUUAUAGAUGGACUUUCAGGUAUUCAUGAUGCAGGAAAUAUUCAUAAAGAUUUUCAUUCGGGCAAUAUAUUAUAUGAUAAUAAAUAUGAUAUAUUAUCAAUUAGUGAUUUAGGAAUGUGUCAACCAGUAAAUAAUGAAGAGCAAUCAGUUAAAAAAGGAAUUUAUGGAGUAUUAUCUUAUAUGGCACCAGAAGUUUUACAUGGAUAUCAAUAUACAAAAGCAGCAGAUAUUUACUCAUUUGGAAUAAUAAUGAAUGAAUUUAUGUCAGAAGAAAUUACUUAUAAUGAUAUUUCUCAUGAUAAUAAUUUGGCUGUUAAAAUAUGCAAAGGAUUUAGACCAAAAAUUUCUGAAGAUACACCGAAAUUAAUUGCAGAUUUGAUUAUUAAAUGUUGGGAUGCUAAGGCAGAAAAUAGACCAACUGCUAAAGAAUUACGUCAAAUAAUCUUUAAGUAUGAUAAAGAAAAGGAAGAUGAAAACAGUGAAAUUAGUUAUCAAAUAAAAGAAUGUGAAAAAAUUAAAAAGAAUAAAUUAAAAAACAGAAAAAAUAAAAAUAAAUCUAAAAAUCAUCAAACACACCCACAAGCAAUUUAUACUAGCAGACUUUUAAAUUUUGAAAAUCUUCCAGAACCAGUUAAUUCAACCGAUUAUUUAUCUUCAUUUCAAGAAACUAUUUCAUCGUCAUCAGCAAAUUCAAUUUCUGAAUGUUUGGAUUGCGAAUUAAAUGAAUUAGAUCUCAAUCAAGACGAUAAUGAAUAAAUUUUAAGAAGUAAAUUUAUUUAUCGCUCAUAGCGAUGCAUCACUCUGGGUAAACUACGUAAUGCCAGCCAAAAUAGAGAGGUGGCGAUGACAUCGCACGCGUGAUGAAUAAAUUAUUUCAAUUUUAAAUUAGUAUAUUGAAAAAACUUUAGUAGUUUCUUUUUAUUAUAUAUUAUUCCAUUUUCUUAUAUAAAUUCUUUUUGA